UCCCAAAGGGACUGGAAAGGGACUUGGAAUCCCGUUGCCCUGCUCCCAGUCUGGGGCUCCCUAGAAGGUUCCUGUCAGGGAUGCAGGCCCUGAGCAAGAUCUUGGCUCUCAACCGCUCCACUGACGCCGCUCGUGGCUUUGCUCUUGCUGGACACCCAGGGGCAAUCACCAAGGGGGACCACGCCCACAGGGCCACUGCUCUAGUCCCCGCCUCAAGGAGCCGCAGACACGGGGCGGCGUGCCCUGCCCUGCCUCCUCCAGCCUUCAAACAACCACUGCUCCUGGGCAUCAGCUGGGAGGAAUCAGUGCUGCAAACACGCUUCCGGGCACGUGUGGCGCGGCCCGUGCACCCAGUGCUUUGAGGACACGCAGGUGCCCGGGCCCUGCUGCGGAGGGUGGGCGGGGCACUCCAGGCCCGCAGCGCUGCACCUGUGCUGAGGGGUGUGUGGCCCUUUCUGCCUAAGGGGGCCCGCCGAGGCUCUGAUGGCAGCCCAGCGAGGGCUGGCGCGAGAAGAUGCGUGCGUACACACGUGGCAGGCCGAGCUCACACGCCUGUAUGUGUGCAUGGCAUCGACACACACGUGUGCCUGCCCGCCCAGCCCCAAACACAUACCUGGAUGUGGCCCAAGACAGAUCCUGGUUUAAAUACAAUGAAACAAGGUUUUCAACAGAGAAGAGCAGGAGAGCGCGAGCCCUGCAAGGGGCCGCGGAGAGAGGGUGGAGAAGGCACGGGGCGGCGGGGAGGGCAGGUGGCCUGCAGGGCUGCGGCGCAGCGUUGGCAGGGCCAGUGGCCUGGUCCAGGUGCACGUUUGGGCAGGACGCUGGUGCCCCAGCCUGCUGUCAGCCCCCCACCUUCCUCGGCCCCUUCGCGGCCCCCAUGGCCCUGGUCUCCCUUCUCCACCUUCCAGCUCUAAGGCAGUGGGUGCUCAGAGCCCUCCAGCCCAUAGGACAGGUGGAAGGUCCUCCGGCCCAGGGGCACAACCACAGGGGAGCCAGCCGGGGUCACCAACAGGACAACACAGAGCAACAGAAGCCGGCAGGCGAGGGGUGGGGUGGCCGGGCCCCCUGCACACCGGCCGCCCCCCACCGGAAGCAGCCCUGGGACACCGUGGUGGGAGACCAAGCCCCCGCAGCAAGAAGCGGGUGGAGCACACAACGUCACCACGUGUCUCUGCCACGUGUGCAGGAAAUGGCCCCCCGACCGGGAGCCCUGAGGCUCCUCACAGAAGUGCGGAGGCCCGUAGCACAGACCCCGGCAGGUGGGCCGAGCCCCUCAGGCUCCUCCCUCCCACGUGCUUUUUCAAAACGCUUCUGCACCCUCGGAGCACCUGCCAGACACCGUGGAGCAUGUCAACAGGUUCAUUCAUUCCACAGCACGUGUGCCCACCUCGUGCCAGGCAGUGGGGACAGAGCAGCUAAAUCAGAGUUCCCUGCUCGCAGGGGGCUCCCAGCCUGCUGGGCGAAGGGGGCAGACAAACAAAUGAGGAAACACACAGACGGGUGACAAGGAUGCUGCAGGACAAGAGCAAGGCAAGCAGAGGCAGGCCAGGGGGCGUUUAACGUACGCGGUGACAGGGAAGGCCUCGGUGUCCCCCCACCUUCCCUUCCUUCCAAAUGGGAGGAGCCAGCGAGCGGAUGAUUAAUACUCGGAACAGGGAGCCAGGCCAGAUGCAGGGAGAGACACAGGAGCCCACGGGCCCGGGAAGGGAAGCAGAGAGCGAGGGUCAGAGAGGCGGCUCAUGGGGACGCACGGCGGCUCCAAACGGUCCGACGGGGGGAGGGAGGCCACGGCACGGGGACAGGGGCUUGGGGCGUGAACAUCUGUGGAGGGGGAGGGAGAGCCUACACCCGGGGCAGGGGACCCACGUGUGGCACAGGUCAGGGAGACAGGGAGCGGGAGGGACAGCCCGGGGGGCUUGGGACACACGCUGCACCGUCUUUCCGCGUCUAAGGGACACGGGCCCAUGUUCGAUAGAAAGGAACUCAAUAAAAUAUUUAAGGAUGAACACGCAGCUGUGAGCAGGAACUGUCAGCUAAAAAUAUUCUGUGGUAAACCAGGCUCGGAGGAGCCAGGCCCCGGAGGUGGAGGUGCAGGAAGGCAGCACUGCGUCUCGGAGCUGCCCCUUCCCGGCCGAGGGCAGAGAAGUCGGGGGCCGCCCAGCGACAGCACUCUGGCCUUGGGGCUGGCCCCCACCUAUGGACUCGGACCCUCCCAGAAACGGAACUCCGGCGGCAGCUCUGCCUCAAGCCGAGCAGCUCUAUGCGGCUUUCAGAAUCCAGAUAGCUCCCCUUCCCUCCCCGGCCACCCCCCGUCACUUGUCUCAGGAACUCAGGGUCUGUCUCAAAAUCACCCUCGCCCUCCUCCCUGGACUCCCGCACGCAUCCUGCUUCCUCAGAGGAUCGGGCCAGAUGGGGAGCAGUAAACCAGCAGAGCCUGUGACAGCACUGCUGACGUGCGGGACUGGAGGUAUCCUUAGCUGGUGGCGUGAGACAGCACCAGGGAACAGGAGU